AUGCGUUCCUACGCGUUUUUCCUCUUACAAGCUGCCUUGGUCUGGACGGCCCCGACGAUCCAGCUUGACAACGCGACGGUCGUGGGCGUCUCGGAUGGGACCACGAGUUCCUUCUAUGGCUUACCGUACGCCAAGCCUCCGGUGGGUGACCUGCGGUUACGCGUUCCCGAGCCAAUAGACCCGUACACUGGCACGAUCAACGCGACAGCAUUCGGCGACCUCUGCUUCAACUUCGACAACGAGACUGGAACGCCGCCGCCAUGGGUGACGCCUCAAGAGGGCGCCUACCUGCACACGCUGGACGCAAUCCCAGUAACAUCUACCUUCAGCGAGGACUGCUUGAAUCUGAACGUGAUUGUUCCGGCCAACGCGGACCGGGGAGACGCGUUUCCCGUAGUGGCGUACAUAUUCCUGGGGGCUUUUGCGUUUGGAGGCAGUUCAGCCGUCGACGGGCGCAUCAUAGUCAACCGCUCUGUGGCACUCGGGACGCCUGUGAUAUUUGUGUCCAUGAACUAUCGCCUAGGACCGUACGGCUUCCUGCCGGGGACCCAAGUCAAAGAUGCGCAGGCUGGAAACCUGGGGAUGCAGGAUCAACGCGAAGCGCUGCGCUGGAUCCAGCGGUACAUAUCCGCCUUCGGCGGAGAUCCCAGCAGAGUUACUCUAUUGGGCCUCAGCUCCGGCGGCGUUUCGUCCGCGAUGCACGCCAUCGUCAACAACGGUGACACCGAAGGCCUCUUCCACGGGAUAUGGGCGGAGUCGGGCGCCAUCCAGCCGGUGGGCCCAAUCGACCUUGCGCCUGCGCAGGCGACGUACGACCGCUUCGCAGCCGCGCUCAACUGCACCAACGCGGUAGACAGCCUGGAGUGUAUACGUCAUGUUCCUACCGACGCGUUAAAUGCGGCGGGGCAGGCACUGGGCGUGUGGUCGCCGCACGUGGAUGGGGAGUUUAUCACGGAUCUCCCGCAGAAGCUGCUCGUGAACGGUGGUGCAGCGCGUGUAUCCGUCGUGGUUGGCAAUGCGGAGGACGAAGGGACCGCCUUGACAAUUUCCUACCCUGCCAUUUCGAACGACACCGAGUUCGCGGAGACGAUCCGGGUGGCAUACUACGCCAACAUCUCCGACGCACAGAUGGCACGGCUUCUCGCCCUCUAUCCCAACGACCCAGCGCUGGGUGCUCCGUAUCGGACCGGCGACCAGAACGUUCUCACGCCGAUGUACAAACGCCUGGCGUCACUCGCGGGGGACGUCGGGGUGGAUGCGGUGCGAAAGGUGUUUGCGCGGUCGUUCGCAGCGCAGGGAGAGAAUGUGUGGGCCUACCGCUACGCGCGCAACCGGGACGUCAUCCCGGCGUUCGGAACAACACAUGGAUCCGAGAUCCCGAACAUGUACGGGGGUGGGGAUAUGACUGACCUCCUCAUCAACUUCGUGAACACGCUCAAUCCGAACAUUCCGACUUCGAAGCUACCGUGGCCAAGGUACAGCCUUUCGAACCCAACCCUGCUCGAGUUCAUCGGUAACUCAUCGCUACGGCUCAUCCCGGACACGUAUCGAGAGGAGCAGAUCGAGUACCUCAUGCAGCUCAACCUGCAGCACACUUGGCCGUACUGA